AUGGCCUUCCCCAAGGCCCCUCUCAAGCGCUUUAAUGAGGCUACUGUUUAUGCCCCAUCCCCGGGGUCCUAUGAAGUCAAAUCUUCAGAGGCAUUGAAGGGACCUGUGUCCUUUGACAAAUCCCAACGCUUUAGAAAGCAGAAAUCCCGACAGUUUAGAAAGCAGAAAGGGGAAAUGGGAAGUCAACAGAAUUUGAAUAGUGAAACGAAUGACUGCUUGCCCAAAACUGCAAGAAGACUUAAAUCUCUGGGAUCAACAGAUACAACCAUCAUGAAAGAGCUGAAAAAACAAAAGAUGCUUGAGAAAGAGAUUCGUGCAUUAGUGAGAGAACGUGGUGAGCAGGAUAAAAGACUCCAGGCUCUAGAGGAGGAUUUCAUGAAGUCUGAAGCAAAACUAACUGCAGCAGUCAGGGAGAAAACAUCUCUCUCAGCGAAUGUUGCUUCCCUGGAAAAACAGCUUCUUGAAUUAACAAGAACUAAUGAAUUUCUAAAAUCAAAGUUUUCUGAAGAUGGUACACAGAAAAAAAUGAGCAGUCUAUGCAUGGAGUUAAUGAAACUCAGGAACAAGAUGGAGGCAAAGAGUAAAAAUGUCCUUGCUAAACAAGAAGACAUGGAAAUGAAGUUGCAGGCAGUCCAGAGGAAUCUAGUGCAGUCCAAAGGAAAAGUAGCACAGCUGGAAGAAAAACUAACUGCUACUGAGAGAGACAAGGUUGAAGAAAAGUCUGACACUGAGAAACUCUUGGAAUAUAUUACAGAACUCAGUGGAGUUGCAGAACAGAUAGAGAAGUACAAACUAGAUCUUGUCCAUAUGGAGAAGAUACUGGCACAAAAGGACCAGGACAUUAUGGCCUUGAAAGAUUGUUUUACAACAAAAGAAGAAGAACUAUCUAAACUAAUCAAAGAGCUUAAUGAAAGGUGUCAGUUGCUUGAACAAGAAAAAGAGAAACUCUUAACUGAGAACAGAGAAAAAGAGCAAAGUAUGAAUGCUGAAAUAGAAAGCUUGAAAAAGAGACUCCUCCUAGAGGAGCAAGAACACCAAAAACUUCAGCAGAAACAGGAGGAGAUCUAUUCUCAGCUGCAACAAGAGAAGGAACUUUUCACUUCCAUUCAUCAAAAGCUGCUAGAGUUUCAAGAGGAGAUAACAAAUGAGAGGCUCCUUUUGGAGGAAGAACUAGAAGAAGCAAUGGAUGAGUUGGAUAAACUGCAUAUUAAGGAAGAAAAGGCUGAUAAGUUGGUAAAGCACUUGGAACAAGAGAACAAGUCCAGAGCUGAAGAGCUAGCACAGAUGGAAGCAAAGCUGAAAGGGAAGAAUGCUGAGUUGGAGAGAACCAAUGAAACACACAGUAAAGCCAUUGUUCAGCUGCAAGAAGAGCACAGCAACACGCUACGUAAACUUGGAGAAAGUGUUGCUGAAUUUGAAAGUUACAAGGUAUCUAUGACUGAAGAAAUGGCAUGUCUCCGACUGGACAAUUCUUCUCUACGGGAGAAAGUUGCUGAGCUGAGAAAAGCAGGCCAGGAUACACAACAGCAACUCCAGGAGCUGGAACAUGCUAAAGACAAGGCAAAAGAGGAAUAUGCAAGGAUGCUUCUAGAUGCCCAGACAAAGCUAGCCCUAAAAGAAGCAGAAAUAAGGAGAACCAAGGAAUCCUGCAUUGCACAGAUAACUAAACUUCAGACAAAACUGGAAGAGCAAACUGAAGACUUCAAGAAACAGCUUGAAGUUGAAAGAUCAAGGAAAACUAUAGAUGAAAAGGUGUCUGCUGGCUUCCAAGAAGAGAUACAAACCUGGCGUGCUCUCUAUGAAGACUUGCACAACAAAACUAAGCCUUUUCAGCAACAACUAGAUGCAUUUGAGGCAGAGAAGAAUGCUCUCACGAACGAACAUGGUGCAGCCCAGGAAGAGCUGAACAAAUUAAGUGAUGCAUAUGCUAAGCUACUGGGCCAUCAGAAUCAGAGGCAGAAAAUCAAACAUGUUAUGAAGCUGAAAGAUGAGAAUGCCCAGCUCAAACAGGAGGUUUCAAAACUGCGUGCUCAGGUAGCUAAGGAAAAACAAGCACAGAGAGAGCUUCAGGAGCAACUGAAUGAAAUUCAGGGAAUCGGGCGCUUUGAUUCUUCUAAAGCUUUUCAACAUGAUAGCAAGGAAAAUGUUGCUCCCAAAACUCCUUUAAAAGAAGGCAACAGGAACAAGUGCUGA